CAAAAAUAUACAUAUAUAAGAAAUAACAGAUUAUGCGAGAAACCUAUCGGAAAUCUAUUGCUGAAUCAGAAUUUUAUGAACUAAUUUAUAUUAUUUUGGUAUUAUUCUACGUCGCGGAAUGUAUUAUCGUUUCUUUGAUACUCUGACAAUGGUAAAAGUGAAACGCGGAUCAGGUGCAUCGUUCGUCGCUACAUAUCGGUUAACAGGCCACUAAUAUUCAUGACGGGUCGUGAGUUGGUAUUUGUAAAAGCGUAAGGAGAAAUGCUUAAAAACCAGUAGUUUCAUUGCAUUCAAACACAAAUUAUUCGUGUAUUAUAAAAUUAUCGAAUCAGUGUAUGUAUAAGGAAUAACAAAAGUAAGAAAAGUAGUGACAAUAAAGGAAAAAACAUGAUUUGGCUCUUUCAAUAAAAAUUCAAAAUCAAUAAGCAAGGAGAUGCCAUUGGUGAUCGUCUAGCAUUCUCCGUCUGAGGAAGAUUCACCGGACGAUGCUACGAAAGGAAAAGUGAUGUUCUUUCUUGCAACUUCAAAUUAUUUAAUUGGAGGAUAGGGAUCCUCCGAUCCAGUGGACAUGAGGAGUGGUGCGAAGCGAGCAUCUCGCGUAUAAAAGCCGCUUCUGCGGCCACGCGCUUAGUUUCGUUUCACGGCGACCGAUUUCGAAACCCCCUCCGAUACGAACUGCCGUUCACGAGAUCAUUUCGAAUUCACGGGCUCCUUUUACCGUUAACCCUGCGGCGUUAACAGGUUGCGUGAACGCCAGGGAGUUGUUAUUUUUUGCUCGAACAUCGUCGGGACCAGUCUCGAACGUUCGCGCUUGUCCCAUUGCACUUGUGCGUUCAAUCCCUAAGUGGUUCCCGAUCAACCAGUCGACAUGGAAGUUCGUUUCGCACUGUUAGCGAUGCUGUUCGUUAUGGGAAUGGCUGUGGCAUUUCCACAGAAAGACGGACAAAUUUUUAGUAACGAGGCUAUAAAACAAGCACAGAACACUUAUCUCAUUCCGAAGGAUGCGACAAUACAGAAGGUUCAGGAAGGUAUCGAACUGGCCGCCUACGAAUCCAUUCCUGGCGACCAGAAGAUCAAUCUUUUCGAGAUCCUCGGAGAACAUGUGCCACCGGAAGUUGUAAACAAUCUUCAAGCCCAGAUCGAUCAGAUAGGACGGAAUUAGACUCGGUUUUCCUCCCCUUCACUAUUGUUAUAGCAUCCUUGUAAAAAACGCUUUAGACCUAAGUUUCGUAACAAAUAUUUAUAAAAUGUGAUAAGUUCUUUUUUAUAUAAACGAACUUAAGACUUUUUCACUUUUCAUAAAUAAACAGCUGAAAAAAUGAUGCUUAUUUCGUUAUUUAGAAACUUUCUUCACGACAAUGGUAAAAC